UAUUUAGAGAGGGAGAGAGACUUGUUGGUCAUGAGUCAAUGACUGAAGGGUUUUUUUGGGUACUGAGUAGUGAGUAAGAAGCCUAUCCAAAUGAGAAAAUGAGACUUUGAGAGGUUUCUUGGAAUGUAGGCUUUUGGUCUUUUUAUUUAUCUUCUUUGUCUAUUGAUCUUUAAUGCGGUUUUAAGGGGGUCUUAAAGAAAAGCAAAAGAAGGCAAGAGGGGAAGGGGGGAGCGUAUGGUAAAGCAAAAGAAGGGUCUUUCUCAUACACAGAUCCCUAUGGAAUGCAGGAAGGAUGCCCAGCAUCGCUUGUGCUGGAACUCAUUCUUUUUGUUUAGAUGAGUGGUUAGAUACGGUCCAAUCAGUGCUGCAGCUACCAAACAAAACACACCCGGUUUCAAAAUGGAGGGAAAGCACAUAGAUGUUGGUAUGAUUAGUUUAUAUCUUUCCCAAUGAUUGAGUUGCCUUCCCUCAAGAGAAACUUGCCAAGGAUCUCUACUUAAGUGGGAAAAGGAGCAACAUUGAGAGAAGAUGAAAUCCAUGGAAAAUGAUGAUAACAACAACAACAGCACCACUAACUGGUUGGGUUUUUCUCUCUCUCCUCACAUGACCAUGGACGUUCCUCCUAACCAUCACCAAACACAGCCUUCCUCUGCUGCUGCUACUGUUUCUGCAGCAGUCCCAACAAGCUUUUUCCAUUCCCCACCUCACCUUAACUAUGGUGCUUACUAUGAAGCCCAAGGACAAAACGCUGCUUUGUAUUCCCCCUUGUCUGUCAUGCCACUCAAGUCUGAUGGUUCUCUCUGUAUAAUGGAAGCUCUCAGAAGGUCACAACCACAAGCAUUGGUAACUACUUCAACCCCAAAGCUGGAGGACUUCUUUGGUGGUGCAACCAUGGGGACCCAUCACUAUGAAAGCAAUGACAGAGAAGCUAUGGCUCUCAGCUUAGACAGCAUGUUUUACAAUCAUAACCCAGACCAUGAGGCCAACAGCCAAAAUUGCCUCGACCAUUUCCAACAGAAUUCCAGACAGCAACAACAGUCACAGCACUAUUCAUAUUACUCUGGCUUUAGAAGCCAUGAAAUGAUGUUAGAGGAGGCCAGGGAGUCCCAGUUUGCAGAUUGCAAUCUCCAGCUUCCAACAAUGGCAGAUGAUGGCGCUAAGAACUGGGUCUCAAGGAACUAUUCAGCUAACCAUUCGGUGGAGCAGAAGAUGAUUGGUUGCAUGGGUGACAAUGGAAGGGAAUCUGGGACCAUUGGUGCAAUGACAUAUGGGGAUUUACAGUCUUUGAGCUUAUCCAUGAGCCCUGGCUCCCAAUCAAGCUGUGUUACAGGUUCCCAGCGCAUCUCACCCACUGCGGCUGAUUAUAUAGACAUGGAUACAAAGAAAAGAGGGCCUGAAAAGGUGGAUCAGAAGCAAAUUGUUCAUAGGAAGUCCUUGGAUACAUUUGGGCAAAGAACCUCCCAGUACAGGGGUGUUACAAGGCAUAGAUGGACGGGUAGAUACGAAGCUCAUCUGUGGGACAACAGUUGCAAGAAAGAAGGCCAGAGCAGGAAAGGAAGGCAAGUUUAUCUGGGGGGUUAUGAUUUGGAAGAAAAAGCAGCAAGAGCUUACGAUCUUGCAGCACUCAAGUAUUGGGGACCCUCCACUCACAUCAAUUUUCCUUUGGAAAAUUAUCAAAAAGAACUUGAAGAAAUGAAGAACAUGACCAGACAGGAAUAUGUUGCUCAUCUAAGAAGGAAAAGCAGUGGAUUCUCUAGGGGGGCUUCGAUGUACAGAGGAGUGACAAGACACCAUCAACAUGGACGAUGGCAGGCUCGGAUUGGAAGGGUUGCGGGAAACAAGGAUCUUUAUCUGGGGACAUUUAGUACCCAAGAGGAAGCAGCUGAAGCCUAUGACAUAGCGGCUAUUAAGUUUCGAGGGGUAAGUGCUGUAACUAACUUUGACAUAACAAGGUACGAUGUGGAACGUAUCAUGGCAAGCAGUACCCUUCUUGCUGGAGAACUAGCUAAGAGAAAUAAGGAGACAGGAUCCACCAUUAAGGCUGCCGAUAAUGGCAACGAGGAAGACAUUCUCCAAAAGAAGAACGAUGAAUGUGAAUCAGACUGGAAAAUGGCGCUCUAUCAGUCCUCCCAGGAACUUGAUCACAAGCCACCCAAGAUUGAAAACUACAGAACCCAAUUUUUUCCGGUGGCUUCAGACAAUAUGAUUCAGCAAGAGGUAGAAGAUUCGGUGAAGAUGGGAACUCAUUUGUCAAAUGCGUCAUCUUUGGUGACUAGCUUAAGCAGUUCAAGAGAAGGCAGCCCGGAUAAAACAAGCCAACCAGUGCUCUUUGGAUUGCCCCCGUCAGCCUCCAAGUUGUUCAGUACUAGUCCAACUGGUGCUGUCAAUUCUUGGAUCCCAUCAGCUCAACUGAGGCCUGCACUCUCCAUGCCUCACAUGCCAGUUUUUGCUGCUUGGACAGAUGCAUAACUUUUGUCUUUUGAUAAAACUAGCGAAUGGUAUGCAUGACAAACAGAGAGAGAAACGGGGGGAGGUUUUAUGUGGGGUGAGAUAUUGGGGGGGUUUAAUGGAGGCCUAUCUUCUUCUUCUUUUUUGUGAACAAGAUUUCUAAAAUAUUCAAGUCAUUUUCGUAGUCUAUGUUAUGAAGAUCUUAAAAAAAUUGGUGGAGGGAAAGCUUUAUAGAGACUUUGAUUAAGUUCAUGGAAUGAUUAUAGCAAUAUGGGAUGGAUGAUCUACACCCAUAAUUAAAUUCCGGCUUUAUUGAUCCUACUAAGUACAGAACCCGCUGAUCAGUUUGUGUCCCAGUAAUGCAGAGAUGCGAUAUUUUGCUUUGUGCCUUUGACCAUAUAUAUUAUCUCAUACUUCAAUCAUAACCUAGUUUUUCACGUUUAUAACAUCAUCAUUGCUUGUUCCCUUUCUGUUCUAAGCUUUCGCAAAAGGUGACAGAUAUUCCAUUCCCCUAGUACAAAGGAAAGGGAGUCGGAGGUGGAAAUGCAUUGGUAGGGGACUUUUGGUGAUUUAAUUAUGAUAAACAUGGCCCAUAGUUAUUAGGAAUAGUCUGCAUUUUGUGGAAAGUGAAACCCAUUAACGCCUUUCUUUCUAAGCCAUCCUACUGUAAACUAAUGAUGAUGAUGGGCAGAAAAGCAAUCCCAUGUCCUAAUAUGGGCUUCUAUGACCAAUCAAACUCCACCAUGGUUUUGUUCACACGGGAGUUGGAUCUGCCCGUUUGACACCCGUGCGGGGUCCCGAUCGAGCAGGUGGGGUCGAGAUAGACUUUCACAUGGGAUUGCCCAAGAGAUCUGUCCACAUUUUUGUACCCCGUUAAAAUUUGGGGGAGGGGGAAUAUGGUCAAUUUGGGAAAGAACUCGAUCCAGUAUUAGAAUGAGCAAAAGAGAGACGGAUCCAUCAACAAGAUUUGCCUACUAAUAGCACAUUUGGUCAAUGUGGCAACGGGCUAGCUGGCAAAUGCUUUACAUCCCAAGUAGUACUGUUCUUUUCACUAAUAUUCUCUCUCCUUUUCACCCCGCUGCUGAAAUGAAAGCACAUUAUUGUUUUGGGAUUUUGAAGAGAGCAACGAGCAGGGCGGGAACAUGGAGGAGGUGGUUAGAGUCUCCACAAAUGACAUUUAUUUUUAUU